UUGAGCCCACGUGAAACACAGAAUCCAAAAUGGCGUCCGGUCGAGCAAAGAAAGUUCUUAUUCACCCAGUUGUUCUCUUUAGUAUCGUAGACGCUUACGAAAGACGGAAUGAAGAGGCGAAAAGAGUUAUAGGGACUCUUCUAGGAGUUGUUGAUAAAGGUUUAGUCGAGGUCAAAAGCUGUUUUGGUGUCCCACAUAACGAAUCUGCCGACGAAGUUGCUGUGGAACUAGAAUAUGCCAAAAGCAUGUAUGAACUUGCAAAUAAAGCAAAUCCUAAGGAACAGAUUGUUGGAUGGUAUGCUACAGGACCAGAUGUGACAGAACACUCUCUUCUUAUCCAUGAAUACUACUCAAGAGAAACCAAUAAUCCUAUUCACCUCACUGUUGACACAACACUCAAGAACCUUAAAAUGGCUUAUAAAGCCUACCAAAGUGUAAAAAUGGGAGUUCCAGAAAAGACAGAGGGCACCAUAUUCAGUCAGGUUCCCUGUGAAAUCAAGCUCACAGCUUCUGAGAAAGUUGGAAUCGAUGUCUUACAGAGAACUAAAUUUGCAAGCAAAAAAACAGUUUCCUUGAUAUCAGACAUGCAGCAUGUGACCAGUGCUACAGACGAUCUAUCAAGCAUGCUGGGUGAUGUUAUAAAUUACAUUGAGGCUGUUAUGGAUGGAAAGAUUACUGCAGAUAAUAAUGUAGGUCGAGAGCUGAAAAAUUUUGUUGAUGCAGUUCCUAAGAUGACGCCUGAAGAAUUUGAAGCCAUGCUUAACAGCAACAUGCAGGACUUGCUGAUGAUUGUAUAUCUUUCAAAAGUCUGUAAAACACAACUCGCCCUGGGAGAAAAGCUGACAGCUGUCCUUUAACAUUAAAACAUAAAUAUAAUAAAAUGCCAAGAAAGUAAAAAUUUA